UCUCUUCUCUCCCUCGCUAUAUGUCUCUCUCCUUCAAAUCUACCUGGACUGGACUAACCCCUCCCGUCUCUCUCUCUCUCUCUCUGUCUCUGUCUCUCUGUGUCUGUUCCAAAAAUCUCCCGUUUUUAGAUUCCUUUCUCUAUGCGAAUUGCAAUCCAAUCCCAGUCCCAAUCCCUCUUCCCCUUCCCCCCCAAAUUUAGCUAACGGAUUUUCAAUCCCGCGUUAAACUUUCUCCCAACUUCCCCCGGUCUCUUUCUCUCUCUCUCUCUCUCUUGCCAUCGAACAAGAAAACCCAAAACCCUCUAUCCGACAGGUUCUCUUGAUCCUUCCCAGGAAUGCCCAGAUUGGGAUUUCGUUCCGUUCUGCAGAGGACUGCCGUUUAGGAUUGAUCGGAGAUCGCGGGUCACCCGAAAGGACGGAUCUUUUCGCUUCUCAGUGGCGGGACGGUCUGGUGCUUUUCGAUUUUUGGUGGAAGGGGCGGAGGAGAUCGGACUUGGGUCCCCCCGCCGCCGCUGCCGCCCUGUUCUUCAGAUGCGAGAACGCCGCGUGGCGGGCAACGAACCGUUGUCGGGGCUUGAGCUCUUCCGCCGUCGCGUGAUUGUACCAUGGUGCCGGCGGCGGCGUCCUCACCUGCUUUCUCCCUGAUCGCCGUCCUGGGUUCUCUCCUCACCAUCUGCGCCGUCUUGGUCGAGUCCCAGAAUGAGCCAACCGACCCGCGAUCUCCCCCUCCUCCGCUGUUAAGCCCUCCACCGCCUCCGCCCCCUCCUCCCCCGCCUCCCCCUUCCCCACCCUUCUCGCCGCCUCCUCCCUCCCCUCCUCACUCGCCAUCGCCGCCGCCUCCACAGCACCACCGAAGAUCGCCUCCUCUGCCCCCUCCUCAUCGCCGGCGGCACCAUAGCCAAACCAGAGCCCCUCCACCGCCGCGCAAGCAUGAGCUCAACACUGGGAAGAAGGUCGGGCUACUCUUCAUAGGGAUCGUCUCGAUAUUGCAGAUCGUGGUGGUGGGGUUCUUGUUUUACAAGAGACGGCAGCUCCUCAGGGUCAAGGAUGGGUUCCAGACGUGUUCAUGAAAAUGCCCCAAUGAAAGCCAUCGAAUCGAAUUCAAUCGGGGUCAAUGAUGAGAAACGGUUCUCAGAGGGAUGGAUUCUUGAUUGAUCGGCUAAUUGGUUGAUUCAUAAAUGGGAGCGAGUGGAAAUCUCGGUUCGGAGCUUAUUCAAUCACACGAGCCUAAUGAAGUUCGGUGUUCUCUUAGGGAUCAGGUGGUAAAAAUUGUUAUGAAUUGCCACUUUCUUCUUGCCCCUGUUGUUUCAUUCUCGGUUUAUCGAGUUGUUCUUUGUCUCUAAUCUUUUUUCCUUUCUUACAUUUUCAUCACUAACAUAUCUGUAAAUUACUCUUGAUCUAUUGAAGGAUCUCUUGUUAACUCGGAAAUUCAGUCCUGAGUUAUUAGUUUGCGAUA